CGGCGCUGGCCCCGGCGGCGGCGGGGAAGGAGGCGGAGGAGGAGGAGGAGGAAGGCGGCGGUGGCGGCGGCGGCGAAAGAAGAGGGGAGGACGGGGGCGGCGUCGGACUGGAGCCGAGCGGCGGCGCGAGCUGCCCGGGGCGCUGUCGUGAGCUCGCCCGCCGGGCCCCCAUCCCCGAGCUACACCCUGCGGUGCCCAGCUCUGCCCGCGUCCGUGCCCCCGAGGGGAGCGCGCCGGGGCUGCCCCCCGAAUGACGGGCGGAAGGUUCGACUUCGACGAUGGCGGCACCUACUGCGGCGGCUGGGAGGAGGGCAAGGCGCACGGGCAUGGCAUCUGCACGGGGCCCAAGGGCCAGGGCGAGUACUCGGGCUCCUGGUCGCACGGCUUCGAGGUGGCUGGAGGCUACACCUGGCCCAGCGGCAACACCUACCAGGGCUACUGGGCUCAGGGCAAGCGGCACGGGCUGGGGGUGGAGACGAAGGGCAAGUGGAUGUACCGGGGGGAGUGGUCACAUGGUUUCAAGGGGCGCUACGGGGUCCGGCAGAGCCUGUGCACCCCCGCUCGCUACGAGGGUACCUGGAGUAACGGGCUGCAGGACGGGUACGGCGUGGAGACCUACGGGGACGGAGGUACCUACCAGGGCCAGUGGGCCGGCGGCAUGCGGCAUGGCUAUGGCGUGCGCCAGAGCGUGCCCUACGGCAUGGCCACCGUGAUCCGCUCGCCGCUGCGCACCUCCAUGGCCUCGCUGCGCAGUGAGCAGAGCAAUGGCAGCGUGCUCCACGACGCCGCGGCCGCUGCUGACAGCCCCGCCGGCACCCGCGGCGGCUUCGUGCUCAACUUCCAUGCCGACGCGGAGCUCGCGGGCAAGAAGAAGGGCGGCCUCUUCCGAAGGGGCUCCCUUCUCGGAAGCAUGAAACUUCGCAAGUCCGAAUCCAAGUCUUCCAUCUCCAGUAAGCGCAGCUCGGUCCGCAGCGACGCGGCCAUGAGCCGAAUCAGUUCCAGCGAUGCCAACUCCACGAUCAGCUUCGGCGACGUAGAUUGUGAUUUUUGCCCCGUGGAAGACCACGUCGACGCCACCACCACGGAAACCUACAUGGGCGAGUGGAAGAACGACAAGCGCAAUGGUUUCGGCAUCAGCGAGCGCUCCAACGGCAUGAAGUAUGAGGGCGAGUGGGCAAAUAACAAGAGGCAUGGGUAUGGCUGCACCGUGUUUCCUGACGGCUCCAAAGAAGAGGGAAAAUACAAAAAUAAUAUUCUGGUCCGUGGAAUAAGGAAGCAGCUUAUACCAAUAAGAAAUACAAAAACUAGGGAGAAGGUGGACAGAGCAAUUGAAGGCGCGCAAAGGGCAGCGGCCAUGGCGAGAACCAAGGUGGAAAUAGCAAAUUCAAGGACCGCACACGCAAGAGCAAAAGCUGACGCCGCCGACCAGGCUGCCCAGGCCGCCCGCCAGGAGUGUGACAUCGCAAGAGCAGUGGCCAGGGAGCUGUCACCUGACUUCUACCAACCAGGCCCAGAUUAUAUCAAACAGAGAUUUCAGGAAGGUGUAGAUGCUAAAGAGAAUCCAGAAGAAAAAGUACCAGAAAAGCCACCUACACCAAAGGAGUCUCCGCAUUUUUAUCGCAAAGGCACGACACCCCCCAGGUCUCCUGAAGCAAGUCCCAAGCAAAGCCACUCACCCCAGCCCUCCUCCCCAAAACCCACCAAGAAGCAGAACCCCAGCUCAGGGGCAAGACUCAACCAAGACAAACGGAGUGUGGCUGAUGAGCAUGUGACCCCUGUCAUCAAUAAGCCUUUGAUGUCAAAGGCUCCCACGAAGGAAGUAGGAGUCAUGGUGCCCACGUCCAAGUACUCUGGCCGCCACCACAUCCCCAACCCCAGUAACGGGGAACUGCAUUCUCAGUACCACGGCUACUAUGUGAAACUGAAUGCUCCCCAGCACCCCCCAGAAGACAUGGAGGAAGAGGAAGGAUCAAGCCUGUCUUCCUCAGCGCUGGUGCACAAGCCGUCACCCAACAAAUGGAGUCCCCCUAAAUCUGUGACAAAACCAGUUGCCAAAGAAAGCAAAGCUGAGCCAAAAGCUAAGAAGUCUGAACUUGUUAUACCAAAGAAUCCAACAAACAACGCUUCAUGCCCUUCUUUGGAAAAAGAAGCCAAUUCAGGCCCUAAUUCAGUCAUGAUUGUCCUUGUCAUGCUGUUGAAUAUCGGGUUGGCCAUUCUCUUUGUUCACUUUCUGACUUGACUGGAAUUAGGAAAGUGAAGUCAUGACAACUAGCGGUGUUAGCCCGCAGUUCUCUGUUCUCUGCCGUGGCAUCGUCAGCCCUUUAAAUGGCACACCCCAGUCAGACUCAGACUCAGGGAAGGAGGCUUGGAAUUAGGAUGGGAUCGCGAAAGAGAUGAAACUUGGAAAAUUCAACCAGAGGACCUGUUCGGUCCCCCUGGGAAUGCUUUGUGGCUUUGGGGGUCCUCUGGGAGCUGAAGCAAGCAUCCAUGUCGGAGAGCAAAACUUAAUAAUCAUUCUUUUUUAAACUCUGCUGAACCAGCCCCAGCCGGCGAAGUUCUUGGCAUUGGCUACUCCAUCUGUCCUAGCGGAGUGUGACUAAACUGGAAAUGUAUGGAGCUGCAUUUUUUUUUUUUUUCCCUAAUGGAAGUCAACAGCUGCCUUACUAUUUUACCAUCUGACGUUUUUAGUAGGGAGCUGGGGAGACAAACGACUGCCCGAGGAACGCGGUCGGAGGAUUGUGUUGCUGUGGCCAUGGUUCCAACAUUCACUCCUAUCUCAUUCGAAGAAAUAGGUAGCAGCAUCACUCACCAGUCUUAUGGCACGACCUGCUGCUUUAACAUCUCCUGGAAUGUUCCGGGAGAGAACGUUUCGUUGGCUUGUGCACGACUAUGUUCAUUUUUGCUGUUUAUUGAAGUAGGAUGUAUAGUCCUCUACAGCGUGUGGUCCUGGCCAGAGGAAACACACUUGUUGCAUCUCAAGGAAAAGAAACAAUUAAUUCUAGAGAAGACAUGUUUGUUGCGAUAGCAGUACAUCUUUUUUUUUUUUUUUUCAUGCCCUUUAGUCGUCCUACACCUGUAAUAGGCUGUUUAAAAUUUAGCAGUGUUGAAGGCAUUAUACCUUCCUAAGAAAUAAUUUUAAAUAUUUUUAAACAUUACUGAGACGAAUCUUUUAUGCACUUAGGAGGUGCUAAAUUUUAAAAGCUGAAAGACAACAGAAUUCUGAGAAGUGUAGUCAAAAUGUUGCAUGGAUUGCAGUAAUCAGCGUUUAAAGGAUUCAGUUUCAUUGCUGACGUACUUUACAACCAAAUAAAAUCUUGUCAGUGACUAUGUUAAUUCCCAUGAAAGUUAAGCAAGAUGCUAUUAAUAACUGCUCUGAUCUUUUUUUUUUCCCUCCAACUUAAAUUUUUGUUGAAUACAUUCAGGUAGAGCAUAAAGCUUUGUUAAACCUCUGCUUCUCGAUUUUAUGCCUUUCGUGUUUUUCCAAGUCCUUUCGUAAUUUUAUUUCACAUUUUAAAGGCUUAGACAUUUUUAUUUAAAUACUUGUCUUUUGCAGUCGGUCCUUUGUUAUUCUGACAUAAUCUGAUUUUUUUUGCUGUUUUAUAAUUCAUCCUUUAUUACUCAGAAGCAUGCUUACUACUUGGAGACACUACGUGGUCUUUAUAAUUAUUUAAAAAGAAAUCAGGGGAGGAAAGGUACCUUAAAUCUCUCUAAGACAUUACAUUGUGGAGAAGGAGCUAGCUAUUCCUAAAUAUUUUCACGAUCUGCAUGGUUUAAUUGGAUUCUUUUUACCUUAUUUGCUACCUUUUCAAUGCAGAAGAGACCACUCACGUGUUAGCACAGGUGUGGACUGAAUGCUUUGUCUCCUGCAGGGUAGUAACCCAGUGAUGUUUUUUGCAGAAGUGCAAUAUGUUGAGAAUCCUGGGUGUGACCAAUAUGGAAUAAAGAAGAAAGCAGAAAGAGAGCAAAUGAAAAUUACAACUUGUAUAUUUAUUUAUUUUUUACAUUUUGCUUUGACUUUUAAAUUUAGGAAGUACGUUUUUAGCCAAGAAACGUUUAAGCUCCUAUGUCAGUCUCCGUACUCUCACUGCGCCUUCCUAACCCCGUAGCUCUUGAUGCUGGGAAAACUGAUUUUUUUU